AUGCCGGACGAUCAUUGUGGGUUUCGGUCUGUGGCUGUGGGCUUAGGGAUGGAUCAGAGUUCAUGGGGGCUUAUUAGAAGGGACCUUGUCCAAGAAAUGGAUCAGAACGAAUCGAUCUGGUUCCCAAUAUUUGAAGCAUGGGCUGAAGGUUAUUUUUACACGCAUCGUCAGGGCCUAAUUUGGGAUUCAGUGGCCGGUUGUGGGGAGAAUCACUGGAUGGACUUCCCCUUUGCAGGACUUCUUAUUGCACAAACGUACGGUAUCGGGGUGCACCUGUUAACGACAACCAUGGGUGCGAGUUCCACUUACUUCCCAAUACUAAGUCCUCCGGCUAAUCAACAACCAUUAUUCAUAACGCUUACACAUGUUAACGAGAACCACUUCAUACAUGUUAAGCUGGAAGGGGAUUAUCCUAUGCCACCAGCACACAGGCUAUGGUUGACCCACCGAAGACCCCAUACAGAACAAUGGGAAGAUAUGUACUUGCCACGUCUAGAAUGGUAUACAUCGAUAAUGAAUCCUCGGCCAAGAUCAAACCCCAGUCUUAAUUACAUAGAUAGUUAUACGGAAGAAUGA